AUGAAGAUUAAAUUAAAUUGUUAUACAAAUUUUUCAUUACAGUUCGCCAUUGUCGUAGUCAUGUUGGCCCUUGCUGUCGGUGUCAAAUCAUCGUUGUUGGCCGCACACGCACCCGGAGUAUCAUAUGUGACAUCUGCCGUACAUCCAGCCGGUCCAUUGGGAGGACCAUGGGGUGGACCCUGGGGUGGUCCUUGGGGCGGUCCAUGGGGUGGUCAUGGAGGUGCCUGGGCUGCACCAGCUGCUGUUGAUAUUAGUGCUCACGGUGCUUGGGGUCUUGGACAUGGUGGAUGGGGUGGUUAUCCCGGUAUUUCUCUAAGCCAAGGACCUGGUUUGGCUCAUGGUGCUCAUGGUCCCGGUGUUUAUGUUGCUAAGACUCGUGGUGCCGUGCACACUGCUCCCCUAGCUGGUCAUAUUAAUUCAGCCACAUCUGUUAACGUUGCCCCUGCUCCUGGUACGCAUUAA